AAUAAAAGUUAUUUAAUAUUAUUUGUAUCAAUAGUAAUAUUGUGCUUUUCAUCUAUUAUUUGUAUUGAUGUGAAGACAACAUCGGGUGUAGUGAGGGGUCAGACACUACAUGUGCUCAACAAAACUGUUAACCAAUUUUUGAAUAUACCAUUCGCUGAGCCUCCGAUCGGAAACCUACGGUUCGCACCGCCUGUGCCUCUCAAACAACCCUUAAAUUAUGUUAUCAAUGAUACAAAACGUGGUAAGGCUUGUAUACAAGUGCAUUCAAGAAUAAUGAGGGGAGAAGUAAGUGAAGACUGUUUGGUAUUAAACAUAUGGACACCAAAUGCGGGCAAUAAUAACACAAACAAAUCACAGCUCAAACCCAUCAUGUUUUGGAUACAUGGUGGAGCUCUAGUAUUUGGGUCAAUGAAUACGUAUAAUGGUAGUUUUCUGGCCGCACACGAUGUG